GGUUGCCACGGUUCCCGUUGUCUCUACGAUGCUCCUGGGGAACUGAUUAGCUUUAGCAAAAAUGACGACGAGAUAACGAGGAUUAUGACUUUUUCACUAUUCAUUGUAAUUACUCUUAAACAAAAUGUUUAUGGAGACGAAAGGAAGCCAAUGUGCGGCCCUUUAAGGCUUAAGAAAUAAGUCAGCAUGAGCAAUUCAGCACUGCGAAUCGGAGACCAGCUGAUCCUGGAAGAGGAUUACGAUGAGAACUACAUCCCAUCUGAGCAAGAGAUCCACGAAUAUGCCCGAGAGAUCGGAAUCGACCCUGAAAGGGAGCCGGAGCUCCUGUGGCUGGCCCGAGAGGGCAUCGUUGCGCCCCUGCCUGCGGAAUGGAAGCCCUGUCAGGAUGUGACCGGAGAUGUUUACUACUUCAACUUCUCCAGCGGUCAGUCCACGUGGGACCACCCGUGUGACGAGCAGUAUCGCCGCCUAGUGGCUCAGGAGAGGGAGCGCAGCUCAGGUUCCGGCCCUGUCAGAAAGGACAAGGAGAAGAAAAAGAAGAAAGAGAAGAAGGAAAAGAAAAAGGAGAAGAAGAAGAGCGAACCAGACGGUCCAAAAGCACCAGGACCACUCGGUCCUCUUGCUCCUCUCAGAAGUGUGUGUGACGCUCCAGUUCCAGCACUCCGCGGUUCCCUAGGAAGCUCCUCUGGCCUCCAGCCUCUAAGAACUUCAUUAGGGAGCUCACACUCCAGAAUGAGCUCGGGCUUGAAUAGCGUACACCAAGAGGAGAGGAGGCCAUCUCUGGCUCCGCCCACAUUUUAUUCAGACGAUGAGAACGAAGAAGAGGCAGAGGAACAGGAAAAGGUUUCUGUGCUCCAGAGUCCGUGUGGUACAUCACGCCUGCUGCAGAAUCUGCACCUUGAUUUGGACGCUCUGGGAGGAGGACUGCAGUAUGAGGACAGCGAGGUGAGUGGCUCAGCUCCGGCUGAAGAGAGAACCGAACCAGAGCUCCAAGAUCUCGCUCUCUCAGGAGAAGCCAGUGCCAACCCUCCGUCUCAGGACUCGCUGCGAGGGCGUCGUCUCUCCCCCAAGCAGCUAGGGGGCAGCAGAGACUGCAGCAGUGCCGACGUGUUCCCUCCGAGCCGGCAGGACGAGAGCAUCGCCGAGGACGAACUACUCCCCAUAGAGGAGGGUGAAGAAAGAACAAGGGACAGAGGAGAGAAGGAAGAGGAAGUAGAGGAGGAGGAGGGUGAAGAAAGAACAAGGGAUGAGAAAAGAAGUGGGGAGGAAGAGGAAGUAGACGUAGAAGGGCAGAGCGAGAGGGACGUGGAAGAGGAGGGGACGUGGCAGAGGCAAGAAUCAGGAAGUGAAGAGGGCGAUGAGAUCGAUGAUAAAGCGACAAAGGGAAGGAUGGAAGCACAGAAAGCGAGGGAUGAGACGGAAGAGAGGAAUACUCCAGACAGCGAUAAGAUAAUGGAGAGAUAUGUAGACCAGGUGGAUUAUUCUGAAGACGAAGAGGAGCAAAGUGAGAAGGAUGAAGAAGGAGAGAAAGACUGCGACGUACAGAACAAGGUUGUAGGAGAGACGAAGGAAAGGGAGGACAGCGAUGGAGUGGACAGAGAGGGAGUGGAGAGAGGCAGAAAUGUUUCUGAUGAACAGAGAGGUGAUGCAAACGAGUGUAGGAGCGAGGGAGAGAGGGAGCACCCAGAGUCUGAGAGCAAGGAAGAGAGGGAGCAUCCUGAGUCUGAGAGCGACGACCGAGAGAUAGAACGAUUACCGAGCAUGACCGAAAAAAACGCAGACGUGAAAGGCAUGCUGGGAAAAAAGUCGCUUCUUCACACUGAUCGGCUCCUCAGUGAGGAAUCUGAGAUCAGUGAACACGUCGACGUGGUGUCUAGCCAUUCUGAUGACAUGAAGGUUGGGUUCCGCUUCAAGUUUUCAGAGAAGGUUCUAGAUGUAACUGAUCUCUGCCUGGCUGAACCCUCAGCGAGUACAAAGGAACAAGGAAAGUAUGGUGAGAAAGAGGAAUACGACAAUGAGGAAGAGAUAAAAGGCGAAGCUGCAAAGAGCGGCAGGAGCUUCAGGACCUCCUUUUCAGACGAGCGCCUCUCCGAUCGCAUGCAGGAACCUCCGUCCACUUCCUCUGUCUCUAAACCCCAAGACGCGCAAAGGGGAAGAGUGACGAUGGUCAAGGAAGAGGAGAAGGAAAAGCAAACGAAGCAAGAGGCUGAAGACAGAACUAAAAGAGAAGAGGAGGAGGAGAGAAGGAGGCAUGAAGAUAAGCAACUCAUGAGGAUGGAAGAAGAGGAGGAAACGCAGAGGCUGCUGGAGGAGGAGAGGAUGAGAGCAGUGGAGGAGCGAGACAGAAGACUGCGCCUCCUCCGAGAGGAGCUGAGACAAGAGGAGGAAGACGAAGAGCGAAGGAUGAAGGAGGAGAAUGAGGAAAGGAUCAGGGCUCUAAAGCAGCGCCUGCAGAGAGAGGGGCGACAGGAGGAGGAGCGUCUGGAACAAGAAACGCAAACCAAACUACAGCAACUCCGUGAGCAGGCGCUGAGGGACAGAGACAAACACCUACACACACUCAGGGAGGAGAACGAGGAGAGGGUGAGAGAGCUGCGUGCUGAACUGGAGGCGGAGCGAGAGGGACUCGCGGCACAGAGGAGGCGGGACUUGGACAAAAUCAGGGCGGAGUCAGAGAAGGAGUUGGAAGCAGAGAAAAAGCGGCUUCAGGAGAAGAGGGAGGAGCAGUUGGCCUCUCUGAGACUGGAGGACAUGACCAGCGAAAGACCGCGAGACCUGAGAAGUCCUCGACCUCAACAGCAGCUACUGGAGUAUAAAAGAGAGCUGUCUGACGUACUGCAGGAAGUGAGGGAUGAAGUGCACAGGGAGCACAGCAGGAAGCUGGAGGAGCUUAAACAGGAGCAUCGACACAAGCUGCAGACCAUCAGAGAAACACACUUGGAGGAGGAGAGUAAUGAGCGUAAACGCGUGACGAGCGCACUGCAGGAGGACAGGGAGCGACUUCUCACCUCACACGCAGCUCAGCUCGAGCAGCUCAGACUGCAGCAGGACACACAGCUCCACAACAUGCACAAAACACACUCGCAGAAGGAAGCUGAAGUGCAGGAGUUGAUUCAGAACCUAGAGCUGAAGACAAAAGAGCUCAAAGCACAAGAAUCAAGACUCCUAGCUCAGGCGGCAGAUUUAAAAAAGAGAAGAAAACUGCUGGAUGAGGAAGAAGAUGAAGUUGAGCAGGGCUUAGAGACUCUUCCACGUCUAUUGAAGGAGAGGGAACGUCUUCGUGCCGAGCUGGAGCAAACAAGAGAGGAGAGCCACAGAGCGAGGGAUGAGCUGAACAGAGAGAGAGAGGAGAGACUGAGAGAAAGGGAGGUGAUGAAGAGAGAGAAGGAGGAAAACAAAAUGAUGAAAGAAGAAAGAGAGAGACUACAGAGCAAAGUGGAGCUGCUGCAGAACAAGUGUGAUCGGCUCAUCCGAAGAGUCCGUGAGUUGGAGCAGAGAGAGAGUGCAGACUGUGAGAAGGAGGAGAAGAAGGAGGUAGAGCGUGACGAGGUCAGGAAGAGAAGAGAGAUGGAGGAAAGUCUGCGAGUGGAGGAUCUGGUGCCUCCUCCAUCCGGUGACACUCAGGACAACAUGGAGCAACUUCGCGAGCUCAUCUCGAGCGAGAGCGUCUCUCUGCAGAGAGCAAGACAGUUCUUAGACCAUCAGACUGGCACUUUGAGGGAGAGACAGGCAAUGCUCAGGGCAGCCCGGACCACCCUUCAGGACCCCGCCCCCAUGGGCGUGGCCCACCUACUCCCCCAAAACCUCCAGCAGGAGGCCAGUCAUUUAGAGGAGCUGAAGGAGACCGUGCAGAAGGGUCGCAUGCUAAUUAGGAAGAAAGAAGAGCAGCUGAGUCAGCUGGAGAACUCUUUGGCUGAGGAGCUGUCGUGUGACGAUGCAGAGAGGACGGAGGGGGAGCGCAGAGUCACGUUUGACGUUACAGAUUCAGAGAUGAGCAGUGUGUACGGUCAGGAUGGAGCAGUUCCAGUGAAAGUGCAGCAGUUAGCAGACUCGCUGCAGCAGAUCACCAGCCAGCUGAACACCGUGUUAGGAGCGCUCGGACCUCUUACCCAAAGAGCAGCAGCAUCAUCAUCAUCAUCGUCGACGUCGUCGUCCUCCUUCCCGCGAACUUCCUCACUUCUCCCUCCCGCUCCGUCAUGGGCGUGGCCCCCGAACACCGCCUCAUUCUCUGCAGCCAAUCAGAAUGGGUUCGCUCACAGUAGGGUUAACGGCGUCGCUAUGCCCCGCGGCUCUGACCUCCUGCUCAACUCUGGAGACUGGAGAAAACUCUUGCCCGGCGUUUCCAUGGACACCGGAACCUCGUUUCCUAAGAGAGCUCACACGGCACAUUCUGGAUACACACAGACAAGUCUCUCUUCCAUGAUGCAGGCUAAAUCAUCAGAAUUGGACAGCAUGAGACUGCAGGGACUGAUCGACGGAAACAAAAGAUGGCUGGAGAAACAACGGAAAGAUACAAACGUACCUCUGUUCACACGCUACCAGGCUCCCCCGCCCACAAAUGGUUUGGUCCAACUCAGCCUGGAUGACAAUAACCAGAUCAGAGUGCACCAUUACUGACAUUCAGCAUAAGUGUCGUCCUCUCUUAGUUUUGCACAGGCAGAAUUUGACCAGCAAAAAAGUUUGACACUAAUGAUAUAAACAAUAAUGAAGCACAAGAACUUUGUGAGUGUGUGAGUGAGUGUGUGAGUGAGUGAGAGUGUGAGUUAGUUAGUUAGUGAGUCAGAUACAAAUGGAGAAAGGAAAUGUCUUCCUCAGGUAAGUGAGGAGUGGAAGUGUGUCGUGAUUCUACACACGCUUUCAUAACGCUGCUCAGAAACCUCAACAUGCGACCACGAACUGAAGAACGUUUUAAAAACCUAAGGUUAUUUUAUUAGAAAACUUUUUUGUUCUACAGUAGAGAUGUAAUGAAAUAUCCAGGUGUGUAUUAUGCAUUAAUGUGUUUGUUUUUUCUGAACAAUAUACACACAAGCAAAAGCACAACUGAUGACAAUCUUUGGGACACUUUAAACGUCCUGGAUUUUUAUAACCAGCAUCACUAAACACUACGCUCUUUAAAUCUAUUCUAAACUUGCUUAUCUCAUAUGUGUGUGUUUUUUUUUAAUCAGGUUUACGAACAUGUCAAUGUGUGUCUUUGUGUAGUUGUGGGAUUUAUUUUUGUACAAACUGAAUAAAUAUACUGUGCUUU